AUGGACAAUCUCAUCGGCCAAGUUUCUGCUGGCAGAGGUGGGAGGAAGCUGAGCUAUCUGGGUGAUGAAGAGCUAACGCAGGAUCCAGGCAGGACCUUGUGCCUCUGCCUGGCCUCCUCGGAGGAGCCGACCGCCGAUGGCCUCACCUCGACCUCCCUGCUGGAGUUUGCCAUGAUGUCCCACCUGGAGGCCCUGAAUUCCCAGGAGCAGCCCAGCCCCGAGGCCCCGGAGGCCGAGCUCAGUCCCGGCUCCCUGCACGCCGCCCCGGGAUCCGGCUUUGCCAGCGAGGAGAACGAGGAGUCCAAGAUCUUGCAGCCUCCUCAGUACUUCUGGGAGGACGGGGGAGAGCUCAAUGACUCCAGCUUGGACUUGGGACCCGCAACAGACUACAGCUUCCCUGUUUCCUCUCCAAAGGCCGUGCCCAAAGGGAAUGGGACGCAGGUGAAAGACACCUGGGAAAAGGGCACCCUGCAGCCGCCGGCAGAGCCCGCGGAGCUGGACGGGCGCGCGCCGUUCUCCAGCGCGCUGGAGGAGGACGAGGGGCUGCUCCCCAUAGACCCCUCGAAGGGAGGACCCGAGAUCCUGCACCCCUCCGAGCCGAAGGACACGUCGCCUGAGCCAGUGGACCAGGAGGACUCCUUGUUCUCCGACCUGUUUUCCACAUCCUCCGUAGGAGCAGCCGUCGUGACCGAGGCAGCCGCGGGGAUUCAGGAUGAGGACUCUGUUCCUCCGGGCUUAGACCUCGGGAGCAGCAUGGGGCCGGGCAUUCUGCCUGUGUCCUCUGUUUUCUCUGCUACUGCUGCGGGGUCCCCUGGUGUUUCAGAAGAGCCCUUUGAGGUGACAACUGGGGACAUGUGGGUUUUCGAGGGAGCAGAUUUGGAGCCAACUGUGACCACCUCAAGAACAGAGCUCACAGAGCCUGCGGUGGAGCCUGGUGGGAGAGAGCAUUUGUCCAGAGAGGAGUUCCCAGAGACCACGGUGGGGUGGGAGAUGCUGGAGCCCACAGAGCUACCUGAAACGGAGCAGACACUGGAAACACCUGUGGGGACCCCCUCUCCCAGCAGCAGCUCCUCAGACACCCAGACUUUCUCUGAUGGCGACCAGCACCCCAGCUUCUCCACAGCAACGUGGGUCACGUCCGAGGAGCCAGCCCUGGAUCUUGCCUGGAAUGACACAGAGUUGGCCACGGAGAUCGUGGCAAGAGAGAGGAGCUUGUCCCCGCAGCCCGGGGAUGCCCGCAUGGCUGUGCUGCCAACAGAAAUGCCCUGGAAUUCACCACAGGUAAUCUGCAAAGACUGGAGCAACCUUGCAGGGAAAAACUACAUCAUCCUGAAUAUGUCGGAUAACAUUGACUGUGAGGAGUUUCGGCUGGAGAGGGGUCCCCAGCUGCUGGCGCUGGUGGAGGAUGCCUUCUCCAGGCAGAUGGACGGAGUGCAGGACCGCUGGCUGAUCUCGCUGAGCAAACCCAACGAGAACGACAAGCACUUGCUAAUGACACUGGCUGGGGAGCAGGGUGUCAUCCCUACAAAAGAUGUUCUUAUGGCCCUGGGGGAUGUUAAGAGGAGCUUAGCUGAGAUUGGCAUCCAGAACUACUCAACCACCACAAGCUGCCAGUCGCACCCUAACCAGCCACGCAGCGAUUACGGGAAGCUCUUUGUGGUGCUGGUGAUCAUCGGCUCCAUCUGCGCCAUCAUCAUUGUUAUGGGGCUCAUCUACAACUGCUGGCAGAGACGCUUGCCCAAGAUGAAGAACAUGUCCCAUGGCGAGGAGCUGCGCUUUGUGGAGAACGGCUGCCACGACAACCCCACCUUGGACGUGGCCAGCGACAGCCAGUCGGAAAUGCAGGAGAAGAAGCCGAGCGUGAACGGUGGGAACACCAUCAACGGCCCCGACAGCUGGGACGUCCUCAUCAACAAGCAGGCGAGCGAGGAGGUGGAUGUGUUCGAGGAAGACACGCAUCUUUAAA